UGAAAUUUAAAGUGAAAUUGAUUAAUAAUUAAUAAAAUGGCCAGCUCAAGUACAGCUCUCAGAAGACUAAUGCGCGAUCUCAAGAAGAUCGAGGAUGAACCACCUGUAGGAUUAAGCGCUACACCAGUAGAUGAAAGCCUAAUGCAAUGGGAAGCGGUAAUUCUUGGCCCAGAGGAAACUGCAUGGGAAGGAGGAAUUUUCAAACUUUAUAUGGAGUUCUCAGAGGAUUAUCCAAAUAAAGCCCCAAAAGUAAAGUUUACAACUAAAGUAUUCCACCCUAAUGUGUACUCAGACGGAAGUAUUUGUAUUGAUAUUUUGAAGCAUCAGUGGUCUCCUAUCUAUGAUGUAGCAGCUAUACUCACUUCACUGCAAUCUCUUUUAUGUGAUCCAAAUCCUUCUUCCCCUGCAAAUUCUCUAGCAGCAAGAUUAUUUGUAGAGAAUCCUAAAGAAUAUAAAAGAAGAGUUGUCAAGUGAGUAUAGAAGCCACUUGGAACGAAGGUGAAGGAGAAGGGGAUGAUUCUGAUUUAGAAGGAGAAGAUGUAUGAGAAGAAGUAGAUAGAGAUAGUGAUGAAGAAGAGAAGAAAGAGGAAGAAGACGAGCAAUUUUAGAGAUAUGAGAUAGAGUAUACAACAAAAAUCGACCUAAAAUCAAACAUAUUUGGUAAUUUCUGUUGCUUAAAUAGAGCUUCAAUGCU